AUGGGGUUUGAUGGGGUAUGAUGGGAUCUGAUGGGAUCUGAUGAGGUAUUACGGAUAUGGGCUAUGGGAUGUGGGACAUUGUGGGCUGUGGGACGUUACUGGAUGGGGGACAUGAUGGGAUGCGGGGUAUUAUGGGAUGCCCCCAGGUACCCGCGCCCGGAGGAGCUGCCGACGCUGAUCCGGGUGAGCAUUGAGAGCGGGCGCAUGACCCACCACCACCCCACAGGAUACCUGGGCGCCUUGGCCGUGGCGCUGUUUGGGGCGCUGGGGGUCCGCGGGGAGCCCCCCGAGGUGUGGGGAGCCGAGCUGCUGCGCGUCCUGCCCCACGCCUGGGAUUACGUGGAGGGGGAAGGGGUGAACGUGGGGGACAACGCCGCUGCCUGGGGCUUCUUUGGGGACAGCUGGCGCCG